AUGGCAGCAGAAUCACAAGAUAAUUCAUCCAAUGAAGGAUCUUCCACUAACGGUUCCAAGCUUCUAAAGUCGAUGACAUCUCUACUUACCUCUCUUCGGAAGAAUAUGGCAACUCUGGGAUCGAAUAUGAUAAAGAUCUUGAAGACCCAGAAAGAGGACAAAAAAGACUUUGCUGAACAUGUCAAAAUCCUUAACGAAUUGAAUAAGACACAGAAGAAGAAUACGUAUGAGACUCAUAAUCAGCUGGUUGAAAUUCAAGGCAGCAUGAGAAGAACAGAUGCUAAAAGACUGGAGUAUGCCGACUCCACUGCAAGGAAAUUUUUAGCUCAAGAGAAUGCAAAACCUGGUGCUGAGAAAAAAGAGACUCAUAUUACUCAAGGUGAGCCUAGUAGAAGAAGUGACGGUGUAUCAACCGACACCAGAUCCAAACGAUUAUCAAUCGGUGAUGAAAAUCCAAGGCCAACCAAAAGAGGCGGAGGCCGAAGUAGUGGUAGAGAUCGUGGUAGGCGAUCUGGUAGUGAUCGCGGAGGUCGUACCAGUGGUGGUGAUCGUGGUCGGAGAUCUGGUGGAAGCGGUCGGGGUGGACGUGCUCUUCCUCCGUUCUAA